CUAAGCAAUAAGCAAUAUAGAUACUGGAACCGAAAAUCCAAAGGAUUCGCUAUCAGAUCCUCAUCCUCCCAUCUGGGUCUCCCUUAAAAUCCUCGAAAACCUUUCCUUUUGCUCUCCAUAUGGGUCUUCACGUCUCGGUUCCUCAGUUUCUCUACAACUAUCUUUAGUGAUGGCUACUCCAUGAGGAUGUAACUUGCUUUGCAUAUGAAUGUGAUCAUCGACAUGGCAGAGGUCUAUGGCUACUUCGGUUGCACUAGUUGACAGUAUGGCAUCAUUGAGCAGUGAUCUCUUCUAUGACAUAUUAAGGCGUCUAGAUGGUCCAACUUUGGCAAGUGCAGCAUGUACUUGUGCAGCUUUCUGUUCCAUAUCAAAAGAAGAGAAAUUAUGGGAAAACGUGUGUUCUUCUAUGUGGCCUUCAACCAACAGGGAAGAUGUCAAAAGUUUAAUAUCAUCCAUCGGUGGAUUCAGAAAGUUCUAUGCAGAUUGUUUUCCCCUUAUUGUAAACAAAGAAGUCACUGAGAACCAAUGGAACAACUGCCCUGAAUACCCCGAAGAAUGGAGUGAGGCUGAAUACUAUGGUGACAUGGAUGACUUUGAAAGUAUUUCACCUUCAGAUUUUGUUUCUAUCGUGGAUAUUAGGUAUAAAGAUAAAACAAUAUACUCAAAAGUCCUUUGGGGCAUUCCAAAUGCAAAUGACAUCGAUGGUUGGUUUUACAAUUGCCCUUUUCGAAUUGAUCUUCUAACUGAUGCAGCUAGAGAUGAUGAGAAUGAUGGUGGGGUUACCCUUUCUGUUUCUGAUGGCCUGCCACCGGUUGCAUCUAUGGAAAGAGAAAGGAAAGAUGGGAAGCUAUGGCAGGAGCUCUGUGAUGGACUCCGGCUUAGCUGGAUUGUUGUAAACAGUAAAAUAAAGCAAGCUGCUAAUCUUGCUAGCUGGAGCCCUCUUGGUGGGCAAAGGCAUUGGCCGACGGACAAGGAUUUUGUGUUACGCUUCGGAUCUGUCCUCCCUGCCAAGGACAUUCUUCCAUGCCAAGUAGUGGAAUGCAUCCUGCGUAUGAAAUUCAGAGUGAUCCAUACUGAAGGAGACGGCACACAGACAACUCUCAAAUUAACAGAGUUGAGCAUGCAGUUGGAAGACAUGGAAGGCGCUCAUGUUUACGGAAGAAACAGUUUGCUUAUCCUGAAGGAAGCACUGAGCUGCCAUAGGAGCAAAAACUACAGUGAAGUUCUCGAGUCUUGUCAUUUGUACUCAAAAGUUCAGAGCGAGUUAAAAGAGGAGAAGAUAAGAAAUGAAAGCAGGCUUGACAGACUUUGUAUUCUAAGCGGCAUUGCUGCGUUUCUUAUGUUCUGGUAUUACAUGUUAUAAAGUGGAAGUGCAUGCCUCCUUCAUUUUAA